AUGGCGAAUUCCAUUCCUAUGACAGAUUCCGUCGAGCGGUUCUGCCACCAGUAUCUUCAACUGGAAACGACCCUAGACUACCCUACUGCCGAGGUCAUACGGGAACAACAAGCGCAAGACACGAUUUAUAAGAAUCUCUUCUCGGACGAGGGGCCCCGUUACAGCCCCCCUGCGAGGUACCGCGUAAAAGUAUUGAAAGAGCUUGUUGCACGCAUCGAGUCGAGCAUCGAGGAUUGGGACCAGCACGAAGUCUCGGAAGAUCUCAUGGCAGCCUUGUCAGAAUCUCUUGCAACCCCAAUCCCUUCUGAGAUAUCCUCUGCUCAGCAGAAGGCCUACGUCACCUACCACAUGAGCAGCCUUGCGCAGUACCCUUCCGAAACGCACUUGCAUGGGCCUGACAUCACCCUGCUCGAGUCCCGUUCGCUGAUCUCUGCUUCUGGUACUACGGGCCUCCGAACAUGGGAGGCCGCAUUGCAUCUAGGGCAGUAUCUCUGCGCAAACCGGCAAAUCAUCCAAGGGAAGCGGGUUCUCGAACUGGGAGCUGGCACCGGAUACCUGGCCAUCCUCUGUGCCAAGCACCUCGCCGCCACACAUGUCGUUGCCUCGGACGGGUCGGAUGACGUUAUCAACAACCUCCCGGAGAGUUUCUUCCUUAAUGAUAUGCAAGAAAGCAGUCUGGUCAGACGGAUGGAAUUGAAAUGGGGUCACGCCAUGGUCGGAACAGAAGACCAGCAGUGGAACAACGGCGAGACUGUCGACGUGGUGAUCGGGGCAGACAUCACCUACGACCAGAGCGUCAUCCCGGCACUCAUCGCGACCCUCCACGAGCUGUUCUCAUUGUUCCCGGGCGUCGAGGUUUUGAUAUCCGCAACCCAGAGGAACGAGGCAACGUUCGAGGCGUUCUGCAGCCGUUGCCGUCAGCGCGGGAUGGGCCUCAGGUACGUCGACUUCCCGAUACCAGUGAGGGAGCGGCAGACGGGUCCGUUCUACAGCGACAGCGUACCGAUUCGAAUCUGUCGAGUGUCGGCGCCAUCUAGCACGGGCGUAACGUGGCAAGAUGGUUGGGUGGGCGGACGAUAA